GAGCGCCGUGCGGCCAUUGUGGCCGGGGCAGCGGGAGGCGGCGGCCGCGGCCGGUGCCGCUCCGACCCAGAUCUUGAAAACUUCACCAGGCCCUGAAGAGAGGAAACUACAUGACACUACACCAUGACUGACAGUAAAUGUGAUAGCCAAUUUUACAGUGUUCAAGUUGCAGAUUCAACAUUCACUGUACUGAAACGUUACCAGCAAUUGAAGCCCAUAGGAUCAGGGGCACAGGGCAUUGUUUGUGCUGCCUUUGAUACAGUCCUUGGAAUCAAUGUUGCUGUGAAGAAGCUGAGUCGUCCUUUUCAGAACCAAACCCACGCCAAAAGGGCCUACAGAGAGCUCGUUCUUUUAAAAUGCGUCAAUCACAAAAAUAUAAUUAGUUUAUUGAAUGUGUUUACACCACAGAAGUCACUAGAAGAAUUUCAGGAUGUAUAUUUGGUUAUGGAGCUGAUGGAUGCAAAUUUGUGCCAGGUUAUUCAUAUGGAAUUGGAUCAUGAAAGAAUGUCCUAUCUACUUUACCAAAUGCUUUGUGGUAUCAAGCAUCUCCACUCAGCUGGUAUCAUCCACAGAGAUUUGAAACCCAGCAACAUAGUAGUAAAAUCAGAUUGUACCCUAAAAAUCCUUGAUUUUGGACUGGCAAGAACAGCAUGUACUAACUUUAUGAUGACUCCAUAUGUAGUAACACGGUAUUACAGAGCACCAGAGGUUAUCCUUGGAAUGGGAUAUAAGGAGAAUGUUGAUAUCUGGUCAGUUGGGUGCAUCAUGGGAGAAUUGGUGAAAGGUUGUGUGAUAUUCCAAGGCACUGAUCAUAUUGAUCAAUGGAAUAAAGUUAUUGAACAGUUAGGAACACCAUCAGCAGAAUUCAUGAAGAAACUGCAGCCUACAGUGAGGAAUUAUGUAGAAAACAGGCCAAAAUAUCCUGGUAUUAAAUUUGAAGAGCUCUUCCCAGACUGGAUAUUUCCAUCAGAAUCUGAUCGUGACAAGUUAAAAACCAGCCAAGCAAGAGAUUUAUUGUCAAAAAUGCUUGUAGUAGAUCCAGACAAGAGAAUUUCUGUAGAUGAAGCCUUACGUCAUCCUUAUAUUACUGUCUGGUAUGAUCCAGCUGAAGCAGAAGCUCCUCCACCUCAAAUCUAUGAUGCACAGUUGGAAGAAAGAGAACAUGCAAUUGAAGAAUGGAAAGAAUUAAUAUACAAAGAAGUUAUGGAUUGGGAAGAAAGGAGCAAGAAUGGUGUGGUAAAAGAUCAGCCCUCAGCACAGAUGCAGCAGUGAAUAGCAACACCAGUCCUUCCCAGUCAUCAUCUAUCAAUGACAUUUCAUCCAUGUCAACAGAGCAAACCUUGGCCUCAGACACAGACAGCAGCCUCGAUGCCUUGACAGGACCCCUCGAAGGAUGUCGAUGAUCAGCUGUGAUUGCAGACCUGACUUUGGGAAAAAAAAAAAAAAGCUCUUGUUUCCAUUGGGCCUGAAUUGCUUGUAAGUUAAUGGAACCAAGUAGAAAAACUCCAUGUUCUGCAUGUUCUGCUAAAGUAAUGCCUGUUUUUUUUACUCAGUUGUUAUGAAAUUGCCUGCUUAAUGUUGUAGAAUGAAAGCAAAUCAAUGUCUAAAGAAAAAAAAAUUUGAAUUUAGACACUAUUAUAGGCUUUUCUUUGUUUCAGCCUAUUUCAGGUGAGCAGUUACAAUAGGCCUUUAGCCAAUAACUCCUCUUCAGUGGCUUCAUCAGUCUUCAGUCCCCACUGGCAGGCUUCUGUGACACAGUGGUUGUUUACAUUUUAGUACAGCAUUGCUCAUUAAUAGGUUUCUUGAAUGUAUAAUCUCUAGGAAAGGUUGUUUUAAUGUGUGACUGUGGCAAUUUGCUUUAUUUAACUGGAGUGUUGUAUGUAAGUGUGAGCUCCCAUGUUGAACACUCUCAAUUCUACCUUUAAAGGGCACUCAUUCUUCCACUUAGCACUUUUUUUUUUUUUUAUUGAGCCCUUUCUAUCUUCCCUUUCCAACUGCUCCAUCUUCUUGUUGAAGAGAUAAAUGUGAAGUUUGAAGAAUACAGCCAUUACUUUGUGUUUCACUUAUGUGUCUUGUAAGUUCUUCAGUUUUUUUAAUGUGGAUGGAAGAUACAGUGGCUUAAAUAAAUCUGGAGGAAGGAUGAGUGAGUUUUCUGUGCAGCAGUGCCUGUUUGGAAGAGGAGAGUGUGCUAAAAUAUUCUGUAUUUUCUAGCUUGUGAUACUGGUCCUUUAAAAGCAUAAACAGAGAAGGAAAUAAUAUCUGUGAUGCUCUUCAUUCACUGCAAACUCUGAUAAAAGGAGAGAUGAAUUGGAGAGACUUGCAGCCUGAAAAAGCUGCAUAAAUAUUUUCCAUUUUUUUAAUGGGUCCACUCUAUCUAUCAAGUAAUUAAAAGAAAUAAAAAUACCGUAGUUUUGAGUCACUUGUAAAUUAAGUAUUUAGUUAAGAGAGCUCAGCUCUGUUCUCGCCUUAGGGAAACCUCUCUAUUUGUACUGGGGAAGGAAAUCAUAUUUAAUACAUGUUUUCUAAAUACAGUGUCAGAGAAGAGGAGGAGGUUGUUUGCUGUUUCAAUUCAGACUUAUCAAUACAGUUUUCAGAAUCAGAUAACAGAAACUUUGCCUGUUACAUUGCACAAUCUGUUGAAUUAGUAAAUGUGUUUGCAGUAGAGUAGGGCUUGAAUUUGCUUUAUGACACACCCUUGUGAGUUUGUGCACGUUCACUUUGGAGUGCCCAGGUGUGACAUUUUGCUAAAGGGGCUUGUGUGUGCAUGUGUGUGACUAAACUAUAGAAGUGUAAGAGUAAUAAGAGAUGUACAGGAUGAGGUAAAACACCACUUUCUUAAAGGCACUAUAUUUAGCAAUCAAUCCAGAUACUCUUGACUUGAAUAUAUAAAUAGAACUUGUAAAAUAUACUGGCCCAGACAGCCACUGCAUUACUGACAUAUUUCUCUUGUAAAAGAAAGUUAUGCAUUGUUCCUGACCUUAUGAUUAGGAAAGCAGCACUUUCUCCUUAUGCAAAUGCUGCUUUUAUAUUAAAAUUGUACCCCUUUUUAAUAGCUUAAUUUGCUGUAGCAAAAAGAUUAAGGUUUUACUGCCCCAGAAGGUUAAAAGAAAUAAAACUUAAGAAAGUAGUUAAUAUUAACUUCAGACUUGCCAUCUGGAAUCUCUAAUUUUUAAAAUUCUAUUUAAUUGAAUGGUAGGAUAUUGGGGCUUGGAUUUUUUCUUAUUGUUUGGUUUUAAACCUACGGAUAACUUAAUUUUAUCUCUGGAUACUGACAGUAUAUGUGAAGUAUUUUUAGUGCAUUUUUGUCACUGGAAAAACAUUUAAAAAUACCUAUUUACCAUAUAGCAGAACAGUACAAGUUGUGUUCUUUUGCAUCUUUUUUUUUUUUUUUUUUGGUCCCUGUUAUUUGUGUGAGUUAAAAUUACUGAAGACACCUGUUCACAAUGAACAUGAGUGAUUCAUUAUGGAAGUCAUCUAUUGGAUUUCAGUUUUCAAGACUUACAGAUUGUUCAAGUGAAGUUGUACUGUGCUGUGUUCAUUUUGACACUUGGAGCUUUAGAAGACUUCACAAAGAUUUAUUUCUUUUUCUUCUUGUGUUUGGAUAUUUGUUUGGGUAUUUUAGUUUUUCCUUUUGGACUUGGGCUGCUCAGAACAACAGGGGGUUGGACCAGAUGACCUCCAGGUCUCUUCCAACCUAAAUUAUUCUGUGAUUCAAAUUGUCUUUUAAUGCUUUUAACACAACUGUACUAUCUCCAUGAUUUAAACUGGUAUCUGACCUUCUCCUAGUACAUACUGUUAGCUUGGGUAUGUACUCUUAGAACAAAAAAAAAAAACAAACCAGCCCUGAGAUUAACUGAGUUUAUUUGUAAAUCUUGCAGGAAAUGCUGUCUCAUACCUUAUUUUUUUAAUGUCUUCUUGCUGUGGCGUACAUUGAAGUUUUAGAAUGUCACAGAAUGCCUUUGAAACAUGCAUGAAAUGUCUGUGAAUAUUGUGGAUUUUGAUUCCAGGUUAAUUCAAAACCCAGUUGCAAAUGCACAUCGAGCUCCAGAGGGCAAAUCUGCAGGUGAUACUCACACAAACCCGUGCAGAGUAGGUGCAUGCUGCACUUCCCAGGCUACUCCAGGGUGCAUGUGUAGGCUCUAAAUGCCCUGCAUGCAGCUUCUCUACGUGUCUCUGUGCUCCUGGCUGCAGAGGAAAUCCAGUGCCACACUUGUGAAAUGGUUGUCAGUGCCAUGAGAAUCCUCACUGAUGGAAAGCAAAAUGCAGUGUAACUUGGCAGGGGUUUAUAAAUUUAGAGAGUUUGGUGUGCAAUACAAUCACUUGUGUUCCUAAUACUAAAAAAUCAUGUGUGUAAAGUGAUGCAAUUGACCAUUUUUUUGCACUUUGGCAUUUAUAAAUAUUUAUAUGUAUUUAAAGAUUAAGAAUGUGUGUGUAUACAUAUAUAUUAAGGAAACUGCUCAGUUUUGUAAACAUGAAUGUUACUUUCCUUUGAGAGGCUUUGUAUAGUGUUAACACUACUGCAGUACACAAUUUAAGGAAUAUGACUAAAAUAAGUGGUGGUCAACAUAGAUACAAUCUGUAAUCUUAACUGCUCACCUGAAAAUGAGAGGGAUCUAUGGCUGUCAAUCAGAUAUUUUACCAGAAACAUGUCAAAUAUAUGAACACUGAGUAGCUGAAUGGCAUUGCAGAAAUGGAGUAUGUUUUAAACAGUUCAUUUCAUCUGUGCUCAUAUCAUUUUUCCUCAAAAAAAAAACCCUUAGAAAGGGAAGCUUGGUGUUUUACAAUCUGGGUAAGCAGCCUGUAAGUGUGCUUUGAGGAAAUACAGUGAUAUGACAAGUGUUGGUUUUUAUUGAAAAAGACAAGAAAUGAAUGUCAAAAUUAAGGCUUUGUCUGCAUGGAUAAUACAAACUGAACUAGUCUAAGGGCUGGAAACUACUGUUUGCAAACAGCCUUUGAGGUUUUGUAAUGUUUCCAGUAAGAGUUUGUGUUUUCUUGUCAAAAUAAUGAAAAACUCAACCUUAGCUAGAAAUUAACUGGUUGGUUGGGGUGUUUCCCAAGCUGUUAGGAACCAGAGGGCUCUUGACUUUUUUUACAUCCUAACAGAGCAUACAUGUUUAUUCAAAAUCGAUUAAAAGAAAAACAAAAAGUGAUUCCAUACGUUUAAUUUUUCUUUCUUAAAGGAAGGACCUUAAAUGCUAAAUCGGUUUCCUUAAAAUUAUAAUUUUAUGGACGAAGUAGGAUUUAGACAUUUAAAUACAGCUGACAUACAGAGUCUCCAAGAGCUGGGUGGGUGACCCUUGUGUUGUCAGAAGGGCCACCCUCCAGCUGGGUGUGGGGUUGAAGUGCAGACAAAUGUUUGUGACCGUGAUGCUGUCGGGGAGUGCGGGGUCAGUCCUGCAGCGAUCCAGCGUGGGGGGGAACUGCUGAACAGCCCUUGUCUGUAUAUUCUACACAUGUCACAUGGAUUCUAGCAGGGCUUGAUGCUAAACCUAGUGAUGCCAUAUACUGGGAACCAAAUUCUUUCGUAGGGUGUAAUUCCUGCUCAAAACUGGUUUUGAUCCAGGGCCACCUGCACCCAGAUGCAGAAUUUGGACUUGAGUUUCUACGGAUGAAUCGAAUGAUUUCUUUGCUUUUCCAGAGUGUCUUUGAUUAUUUUUUUUGACUAUUUUUUUAACAUGUCGAAAUAUGACAGAAAAAGUGUAUUCUGUCUCGUUAUUUUACAUUUUUUAGUUUGUCUAUUACAUGAGUGACAGUGAUGUUCUCAAAGCUUAUUACACAACUUAUCAAAUGAGGUUUGUUUUUUGCCCACUCUGCAUGCUAAAAAUGUCUGGAGCUAAACUAAUGUUUUAAGUAAACCAUCUUUUCUCAUGUUAGUUUUGGAGGAAAGUGGAGAGAUAACCAUUGUUUCUGUUUGUGUUCUAUAAAAUAACUAUUUUUGUAGCUAAACUUUCAGUUGUUGGAUUUCAAUCCCACAGUGUUGCUCUGUGGAUAUAAAUUUACCUGGGUCCGCUAUUUCAAACAGUACAUGUAUAACAAGUCCAGCCUAAAAUUAAACUAAUAAAAUGCAAUCUUUUGCAAUUUGUUGUUGAAAACAUAGCAAAUCAUUUUGGUCCAAGAAUUCAAAACAAAAUGGAGAAAAUACAUUUAACUAUUUAAGUUUAUUCCUUGAUGCUGCUGCUUAUUUUUUGAAAAGGUGCUUGCAGUUUUGCACAAAAAGAAAUCAACUUUAUAAAUUGCUGGGUUUGAAGCACUUUAGGAUUCUUCUAAACACAACCAGUAUAUCAUGUAAAAAGGAAUGACAUAACAUGUUUAAUGUGCUUAAAUUUUGGUUGCCAUCUUUGCUAUUCUGAUCCAUUUGAUCAGUGUAUUUCUUUAAGCCUGUUUUCAGAGAUUUGAAAUCAGACUUUUUUUUUUUUUUUUUUAUGGGCUGAAAUUUAGCACAUGGUAAGAGAUGGAUUGAGAAAUAUCCUGCAACUGGGUGACUUGAUCAGCAGUGUGAAUACCUGGCCAUCUAUUUGAUAGAGACACAACAAAGACACAGCAAUGUCUGUUCCUAUAGCAGGGUCAGCUGGCUGUGAGCACUAGGAUUCUUUUUAUAAACAAAAAAACCUGUUUCUGAACUUUUGCCUAUGCAUCAUGAAGUAGUUGUAUGUGCUGUGGUAAGGCCAGAGCAUCUGCUCUGUGGGACUCCACGGCAGCAGAUGCUCUGUGAGCACCACAGGAAGACACUGUCCCUGCUCUAAAAUACUCAUCCCAAGCCCUGAUAUUUUCUGGGGUGUCCUUAAGCCUCUUUGUUUCCCAGGCUGGGUCUGUAGCUCAUCUCUCCGUAGCUCCCUGGGAUAACAAAAGCAGAGGAGAAAGGAAUCAGGCAUGAAGAGAAUUUGGUGUUUGUUACUGAUCACAGAGCUCCUCAGUGCCCGAGAGCAUUUGCUGUUGUCUUGUCUUCUGAUGGGGAAAAACUUUUUUUGAAAAAACCCAAGUUGUGUCACGAGCUUUUCUAUGAAUUCAGAUGCUUAAAUUGGUGCUAAUUUUUUAAAAGAAAAUGUAACAGAUGGUUAGCAGUGUAUUUGUCUGUUUUUGAUACCUAUAUUUUCUUAACUGGUGGCAAGCCAAACUUUAUAAAAUGACUAAUGUGCAUUUUCAGCUUCAUCAGAUUCCCAGAUUUUCCUGAAGUAAAGUGUUUUAUCUUCCAUGGUAGCUACUGCUUCUUUGGAGCUUUCAGGUGUUUUAUACACUAAUAAAAUGAACACAAUUAGAACAGACAGCAAUACCAAACUAUCCUUUUCUUUAAAUCACAUGUUGUGGUUCCCCAGGUGGUUUUAGCAGUUUAGUGUGAUCAAGAUGCCUAAUUAAGAGCAAACCAGAGAUACCUGUGUGCAGUUAACUCAGUGCAGUGAAGCCUUAUCUGGUUGUUAAGAUAAUUUAUAAAGAUUAUACAAAUCUUCAUCUAUUUUAAAGAGGGAAUAACAAGUAGAAAUCAUUAACUGUUUUUGUACAAAUUAAAAUGUUAAUUCUAGAGAAUAUAUUCUUUAGUGUACGCCAGAACACGUGCUAUUAAAGAGUAUAGUAGGCUCAUUGAGUGAUUUAUUAUCAAAUCCACUUUUAUCCAAUAAAUUAAAACAAACCCCCUUCAAAACUUAGUUGUUUGAGAAUUUCUUUUGUAAUGCCUUCAAGUUUAACUCCCCUCGGAAUCUGUUGUUGUUUUGGUCCUCUUUCCCACCUUCUGUUUACCAAAUGUCACAAAAAGUAGCAUCAAGCCCUAUCCCCUGUUACAGUGUUCUGAUUUUAUGGCCUUAAUAUUAGUUGCAGUAUGGUAUGUAAUUUCAGAAGAAAAAUGUGCUUUGAAGUCUAAUUCUAUAGAUACAUGUGGCCUCUUCUGCCUAUGAAAUUAGGCUUUGAUUGUCAUAUCUCAUUCUCGAUGCUUGUGCAAUAGGAACAUGUUCCUCUCAAUGCAGUGGCUAUUCUGUCUGAUGCUGGACUUUGUUUUUAGGAUGACUAGAAACUUUUUUGCCUUCUUUUUUUUUUUUUUUUAUGGACAGCAGUCAUGCUUCCUUGGUUUUUUGGACUGAUACUCUUUAGGAAAUUAGAAUUUCAUAAGGAAAACUGUCAAUAACUAGUUCUGUAGUUCUAGUUAAAGCCUUGUUCUGAAGCUUUUUUUGUUGUUUUUUUUCUUUCUAAAAAUCUUAUCGUAAAACAGUACUAAAGCCACUGUAAAAUGACAAAUAAAUAUGUAUACCUAAAAGA